CUAGCGACGGGCUAACACAGCGAGUGAUGGCGGAGGAGCGCGGGGACUUGCCUCGUCUGCAGCUCGAGUCCAUCAUCGGCUUCAACGGCAAAGUACCUUCUGGCUUGUCUGUGCAUCCUGACGGUGAAAAUAUAAUAUACCCCCUGGGAUGUACAACCAUAAUACAAAAUCUGAACAGCGGCCAACAGUCCUUCUUGGAAAGUCAUACGAACAAUAUAUCCGUUGUAACGGUUAGUAAGAGUGGGAAGUAUAUUGCCACAGGACAAGUCACCUACAUGGGUUUCAAGGCUGAUAUUCUUAUCUAUGAUUAUUAUGAAAAAUCGGUCCACGCAACUAUGACUCUUCACCAAGCUAAAGUUGAAGCAUUGGCAUUUUCUCCAAAUGAGCGCUACUUGGUAUCCGUUGGAGGUCAGGACGAUGGCAGUGUGGUUAUGUGGAAUGUUGCAACAAAAACAUCUAUCUGUGGCCAUCCUGCGACCGUUCCUACUGCAGGAAAUGCGCUGGCCGUUAAAUUCGCCAACCACAUGGAUGAUGUCUUCAUUACAGCAGGAACCGGUACACUUCGUCUCUGGCUCCUGGACUUGCCCAACAGAAAGAUUCGUCCCACCGAAUGUCAGACUGGAGUGUUAAAAAGAAUGAUCAACUGUGUCGAAGUAACAAAAGAUGAUAGUUUCUGCUAUUGUGGAACGACUACUGGUGAUAUUAUGAUGGUCAGCAUGAAAACCGGUCUUCUUAACAAUUAUGGGCCCAUUAAGGAUAAAUUUAGUUUGGGAGUUACUGCAAUAGUGGAACUGAAGUCAGGAGAUCUUCUUAUUGGAUCUGGAGAUGGUGUUGUUGCUCUCUGUAAAGCACCAAAGUUCAAACCAAUCAAAAAAAUCACUGUGGAUGGCGGGAUUACUUCAAUUAGUCUUCGUGGCCAAGGGCACCAAUUCUUUCUUGGUACUCUGGCCUCCCAGAUAUAUCGAUGUAACUUCACUGAGUUCAAAGAGGAGCUGAUCUCUACUUGUCACAGUGACUCUGUCCUUAACGUAACAUUUCCCUGUGGGACGUCAGACCUUUUUGCAACAUGUUCCAAGGCUGAAAUAAGAAUCUGGCAUACCCCGACCAACAAAGAGCUACUGCGAAUUGUUGUGCCUAACAUGACAUGCAAUUCCCUUGAAUUUAUGCACGAUGGGAGGAGCAUUAUUAGUGCUUGGAACGAUGGGAAGAUUCGAGCUUUUACUCCAGAGACUGGCAAAUUAAUGUAUGUGAUCCACAACGCUCACCAUGAUGGUGUCACGGCAAUUGCAUGCACUUAUGAUGGCAAGAAAAUAGUCAGUGGCGGUGGUGAAGGACAGGUGCGUGUGUGGGAGAUUGGUGGAAAAACCCAGAGGCUGAUUGAAGCUCUAAAGGAACAUUCAUCAACUAUUUCAUGCAUUAAAGUUAAAAAAAACAAUGAAGAAUGUGUAACAGCGAGCUUCGAUGGUACUUGUAUCAUCUGGGAUUUAAUUCGAUAUGCAAGAAAUCAAAUGUUUUUGGCCAACACCCUUUUCAAAGUUGUCUGUUAUCAUCCUGAUGAAUAUCAAAUAAUAACCAGUGGAAAAGACAGGAAGAUUGGGUAUUGGGAAGUAUUUGAUGGAUCUCUAAUUAGAGAGCUCGAAGGUUCUUUAUCCGGUUCUGUUAAUGGAAUGGACAUCACUGCAAGUGGUGACUUCUUCGUAACUGGAGGUGACGACAAAUUGAUAAAAUUCUGGGCAUACCAUGAAGGUGAUGUGGUACAUAUUGGAAUAGGUCACAGUGGGAGCAUCAACCGUAUUAGAAUCUGUCCCGCUGCGAAACACAUUAUCAGUGUUAGUUCAGAUGGAGCUAUUCUACGAUGGAGAUAUCCUCAUGCAGACUAAUUCUCAACUCACUUCAUGACAAAUGACCAGAUUACUUCAAAUUUCAGACAAUAAAUUUCCAUGAAAAUUCUUCUCUGGAUUUCAGCGAGACAACUUCCAAUAACUUGUCCCAAAACAUCUAAUUCCUUUAGAAAUUAAUUAACAUUUUUUUGUACCUUUGUUAUUUAAUAUUAAUGUUGUAAUUUUGAAGAAAUCCUCUUCACAAACAAUGCAAUUGUAAAUGUCCUGAAAGUGAAAACAUUAAAAAUAUAUAUAUAUUUCCAUAAAUAGGAAAGUAAUGAAUGGUUGCUUCAAUAACUUGUGAUCAUAUAUUAUAAACCAAUUUCCAUGUUGCUCAGCACUAGCUUUUUAGGAGGAUUUUCUACUGCUGGUAUCUUGAUGUAGCUAUAAUCUUGAAUGAUCCAUAAUUUUUAUUACAAUUCAAUUUAUGAAAGAAAUAAAAUAAAAUUUAACAUCAUUGUAUUUGGUAUCUUUAAACAAUAAUUUUAUGUAAGUAAUUGUGGGGAAGAUUUUCUGUAUACUGUGCGCAAUUAAUUUUAAACGUAUUAUAAAAUGGACACCAAGAAAAUUUAUCAUUGUGCAGUUAUUGCUUGCUUAUAGUCUCAUGGUAAAAUAGAGCAAAUAUUGGAACAAAAUAUCAACUAACUUUUUUUCAAAAUGGUACGUUAGCUUGUAUUGACCCGUGACCCAGAAAUCUCAAUUAACACUGGCUAAGGUGAUUUGGUUCAUUAUGUUACAAUUGAUCUACCUAUUCGAGUUCAUUACAGGAUGGAAAAAAAACAUUGAAUAAACCUACAAAUCAUCAGCAGCAGGAAAUGCAGUCACUUAUGGCCUCAACUUUUAAAUGUUCAACAUAACUGUCACUUACGCAAUAACAGCCUUAAGUAAAUGUUGGUGUCUGUUUAGUAACUGUACAUAUUAAACAACACAAAGGCUUUUAAACCAUGACCCAAGACCUAUUAAUAACUGUCCUCAAAAUAAGGGGUUACUUUGGGUGGCACAGUGGCGCAGCGGUAGAGUUGCUGCCUUGCACCACCAGAGACCUAGGUUCGAUCCUGACUACGGGUGCUGUCUGCACGAUUUCCCUGUGACCGUGUGGGUUUUCUCUGGGUUUUCUUCCAGUUUCCUCCCACACUCCAAACACGUACAGGUUUGUAGGUAAUUGGCUUCAGUAAAAUUGUAAAUUGUCCCUAGUGUAGGAUGAUGUAAGUGUACGAGCUGAUCACUGAUAGGCACAGACUCAGUGGGACGAAGGGAUUGUUUCCGCACUGUAUCUCUAAGACCUAAAGACCUCACUUAGAGAUUAGUGAAUCUGGAAUUCUCCAGCUCGGAGGGCUGAGGAGGCUCAGUUGCCUUGCAUGUUCAGGACAGAGAUUGAUUUUUAUUUGGAGAAGAAAGAAAUCAAGGGAGUACAUGAAAGCCAUUGAAGUAAGCUCCGAUCUUAAUGAAUGGUGGUGUUGAAAAAGGGAUUCUAAGACCUACUAUUUCUAUUUUGAUUCUCUUGUCUCUUGCAGGUACGUCCACAUUCACUUUGUUCACUGUGAAAGUUGAAUGUUAUUUUCCCCAAUGGACACACAGUGCAUUUAGUAUGAGGCAAUGUCCAAAGUUCCACAAAUCUCCUGCUGCCUAGACAUACAAGUUAUUAUGGCUGUAACUCCACCGCUGUGCCACUGUAUAGUUCUGGAUAGAGGAUCUUUAUGGCAGACAUAUAUGCCUUAUAACAAUCCCUUAUCCAGAACUAUACAGUGGCACAGCAGUGGAGUUGCUGCCUUACAGUGCCAGAGAUUCGUGUUCGAUGGGUGACUAUGGAUGCUGUCUGUACGGAGUUUGUACUUUCUCCCUGUGACUGCGUGGGUUUUCUCCGGGUGCUCCGAUUUCCUUCCACAUUCCAAAGA